AUGCUACUUACAACCAUUUAUGUAGAGGCCCAAAUGCCUUCCAAAAUAGAAGGGAACACACCAGAGGCUGAAAUGCCUUUCCAAAUUGAAGGGAACACACAAGUGACCUCUUUCUCAGGAGCCUCGACCAAUCACCCUGACCUCCUGCUCGAAAAUAGAAAAGAUAAUAGUUGA